CCAUUGGGGGCGGCGGGUGGCGGCGGCCCGUGGUUUAUUUACACAUGACCGCUGGCUGCCGGGCGAUCAUUCUUCCAGACGCGAGCGAGAGACUGCCGCCAGGAGCGUUCGCGCGCGCGCGCACGCGUUGUACAAACACGGCCGUCGCGAUCGGUUGUUUACGUUUGGCGGACGGGAAUUUUGGGUUUGCGUCCGACGGGCCGAGGAACCGAGCGAACGCCCUUGGGCCCCGUUACACUUCCGACACGUUCUCGCGCGUGGAAAAACAACAGGACACGAAACGCGUGUUUGAUAGUACGUUUUGUCCGGUAUCGCGUUAUCGUAGCACGCCCAGCGCGGCGACCCCGUUCCUCGUGCACCGCCGAGCGGGAUACGAGUACGGAACAGGCGGUGCGGGGUGGGCCGGGACCGCGCGGAGAGAGAGAGCGAGCGAAAAAUAAAGAGAGCGCCCGUGAGUGGGAGUCGGUGAAACGCGGCGAGGGCGAGCGACCGGGAAGGGAAAUGGGAACGCACGGCCGGAGGGAGUGAGACGGAACGCGAAAAAAGUAUCACGUUGACAAUAUCAUAUUGAUGAUAACCCCGUCGUGUUGUUGUUUCUCCGUCGGCCGCGUUGGCCGCCCGCACGCGCGCCCUCCCUCUCUCACCCGCACUCGUUCUAUCGCACACUUCCUCUCCGCGCACGCACUCGCGCGCGCGCUGCGCACGCCCGGGCCCGCACUUCCAUACACUAUACACGUAUACACGUACGCGCUAUGAUGACUGAUGACGUACGAACCCGAGAGGAUAGCGUUUUCCCCGUAUGAUAAUACGACGGCGAUACUGUUUUUUUUUUUUUCCUCUCGGCACGCGCGCGCCGUUCAUUGCCGCGGACACACCGUGCUGUUGACGUGAUACGUGUCUGACGACUUCGUCUGAGCUCUUCAAUCGACUCCCUCGCCGAACGCGCGCGACCGUCCGCGUGACCGUCUCCGCCGUCCCCGGUGUUUUCGGCGCCCACAUCGCCGACAGAGAACGCGAUGCGUAUGACCCGUCGUCCGUGCGCCGCUACCGCCGCCGCUUUUGCAGCUGCCGCCGCCGCCGCCGUCGCCGCCGCUGCCGCCUCCGUCGUCGUUACGUUGUAGACGACUGCUACACGUUAACAGUGAAGCUCGACGAUCGCGACACCGCACCCGUAACACUACCGUUAAACGUGUCUUCGUUCCUGGCUCUAUUGACACGCCGGAAAUGAUCCGUUGAACGACGUCCGAUCGCUGCUCUUCUUGCUAUAAAAGGCUACAUAAGUGUCAUAUUAUCAAUGAGUAAUCAGCUGGUCGACUCAUGCUUGUUGGUGAACAGGAGGGUGGAGAAGCUUCAAGAGCAAAGCUUUACUUGCACUGAGAUUACACAAAGAGCUCAGUCAGACCUCUCUCAAAAUAACUCUUAUCCCAAUGAUAUCACUUACUCAAAUAGUGGUCUUCAAGAAAAUCAUUCAUCAAGUUCAUCUGCUCAAUGUAGUGAAAAUCCAGUGCUAGUAUCUCAAACAAAAAAACAUCAAACAACUCAACAAGUUACAACUGUGACAAAAGUUGUUCGAGAAGUUCAUCAUAUGAUUCCGAAUGGUCAUUCUUUAGAUUACAUCCCAUAUACAUUAGGAGUGUCAUCUUCAUCAAACUCAUCAACUCAACCAAAUAAUCCAGCUCAUAUGUCAGAAUCUGGACAUUAUAACAAUGACUACCAAAAUUACAAUCCAGGUUGUCAAGAUUAUGACCACUAUGUUGGCGUACACCCUGGACUUUCGUAUUACAACUCUAAUAUGCCUAACCAGCAAGGUGCUAAAAUAGAUGGAAAUCCAUACCAUGUGUAUGAUACUGGUGUGCCUCCUAAUCAACUGGGACAUGAAUAUAAUGAAACAGUACCUACACCACCAAGUCCUAGCGCAUGUAGUGAAUCUCCUCCACCACAGCAGCUCUUGGCUCAAGAAUAUAUGAGAAAAGGGUUACCAUACCCUCCUUCUGGAUAUGAAGAACUUGAUUCAAACCAAUUGCAUCCAAACCAUGAGCAUUAUCACCGAAUCACACCUUCACCUGGUGAUUGUUAUGAUCAAAUGAGUGGAUCAUGGAAUAUGGACGAAUGUGGAGAUCAAAUGGCUCAAGGUCUAAGAUGGAGGGAUCCUAAUUUGCCCGAAGUUAUAACAUUCCUGGCUAAUCCAAAUAAUUUAAUUAAAGCAAAUGCAGCUGCUUAUUUACAGCAUUUAUGUUACAUGGAUGACCCAAAUAAACAAAAAACAAGGACUUUAGGUGGAAUACCUGCAUUGGUUAAACUUUUAAACCAUGACUGUCCGGAUGUUUAUAGAAAUGCAUGUGGCGCCCUUAGAAAUUUGUCAUAUGGAAGACAGAAUGAUGAAAACAAACGAGCUAUUAAAGAUGCUGGUGGAAUACCAUUAUUAAUCAAUUUAUUGCAUAAAUCUGCUGAUGCCGAAGUUAAAGAACUUGUUACUGGAGUUUUAUGGAAUUUAUCAUCGUGCGAGGAUUUGAAAAAAUCAAUAAUUGAUGAUGGCCUUUCAACUAUUGUAAAUCAUAUAUUACUUCCUCAUUCAGGAUGGAGUCCGACUGUUUGCAGUGAUAUUUGUUGGUCAACUGUAUUUAGAAAUACUUCUGGAGUAUUAAGGAAUAUUAGUUCAGCUGGUGAAUAUGCUCGAAGAAAAUUGCGAGAAUGCGAGCACUUGAUUGAUUCACUUCUUUAUGUAAUUUCAACUGCUAUUGAAAAAUCAAAUAUUGGAAAUAAAAGUGUAGAAAAUUGUGUAUGCAUUUUACGUAACUUAUCAUAUAGAUGUCAAGAAUUUGAAGAUCCAAAUUAUGAUAAACAUCCUUUACCAACUCAAAGUAGAGUCGGUCCUCCACCUAAAGCAGAAAAUCUAGGUUGUUUUGGUGCGAGUAAAAAGAAAAAAGAUAUACAAGUUGUUUCUCCUAAAGAAAAUCCUAGUAGUCGUAUAAUUCCUAGAUCAGAACCCGCCAAGGGAAUGGAAUUAUUAUGGCAACCAGAAGUGGUUCAAUCAUACUUAGCUCUACUACAGAGUUGUUCAAAUCCAGAAACUCUUGAGGCUGCUGCAGGUGCAAUACAGAAUUUAGCUGCUUGUUAUUGGCAGCCUAGUAUUGAAAUUAGAGCUGCUGUUAGAAAAGAAAAAGGUCUACCUAUUCUGGUCGAACUCUUACGUAUGGAAGUUGACCGUGUUGUUUGUGCUGUUGCCACAGCAUUAAGGAAUUUGGCUAUUGACCAAAGAAAUAAAGAACUCAUUGGUAAAUAUGCAAUGAGGGAUUUAGUCCAAAAAUUACCAUCGGGGAAUGCUCAACACGAUCAAGGAACAUCAGAUGAUACUAUAGCAGCUGUCUUAGCUACAUUAAAUGAAGUUAUUAAAAAAAAUGCUGAAUUUGCCAGGUCUUUACUGGACUCUAGUGGAGUAGAAAGAUUGAUGAACAUUAUUAGGCAGCGUCAGAAAUACACUUCAAGAGUUCUAAAAUUUGCCAGUCAAGUAUUGUUUGCUAUGUGGCAACAUCAAGAACUUAGAGAUGCAUAUAAAAAGCAUGGUUGGAGAGAACAGGAUUUUGUUACUAAGACUAUUGCAGCAAGAAAUGCAGCAGGCGGUGUCAACUCCCCAAAUAAUGCAAACAGUACACUUAAUCGUCCAAUGGCAAGUCAAGGUGGUACUCGAUAUGAAGAUAGAACGAUACAAAGGCAAAAUCCAAAUGUCCCACAGAUGAAUCACUCAUUAUCAAACUCUAACACCAAUUCUACUUAUCAAGCUAAUGAAGACAUUCCAUUAGCAGAUAUGCCAUAUCCUGAAGUAUCUACUCAUACUCCUCCAGCUAGUGGAGUAUUAAUAUAUUCCCCUGGACAUCCAUUACGACCAGGGGAACCUCUUUAUGCUCAAGUCAACCGUGAGAAAAAGAAAAACAAGCAGUAUGAACCAUCAAGCUCAAUGGGUGAAAUGUGGAACUAUAAUGAACAGGCGCAACCAAAAGUUUCAUCUGUUGAUGUAUCUACUGCACAAGGUGGUGAUUCUUGGGUGUAAAUGCAAUGUGGGUGUUGACUUAACACUCAUAUUUUUUUUUUAGUAUCUUAAAUCUUAAUUUAUACAUU